AAGUAAGAGAAGCGGCUUGGCUUAUCCACACACUCCACACACAAAAGGGAGCGAGCUGCCGGAGCGAGGGAAAGAGAGAGAGAGAGGGAGAGGGAGCUGACAGCCCUGCGCGUGAGAAUCGAGAGAGAGAGAGGGAGAGGGAGCUGACAGCCCUGCGCGUGAGAAUCGGAUGAUGAUGGCUGUCGGCAGUGGGUACGGCCCCCCUUGCUGACUGCUGAGUUCCUUCGCCGCCCCCCCUCUCUCUCCACCGCAGCCUGCCUUCCUUCCUUCCUUCUCCGAUGGCUUUUCUUGCUCUCCUCCCUUCCGGCCCUCUCCCGCCGGCGCUCCCCGUCCGAAAGAGCUCCCACGCGCCGCCCGGAAUGAGCUUCCUUCGCCCCUCUCCGCCGUCCGACUUAACUCCUUCCACCUUCUUCAAUCCUAGGAAGCUGAAAUUUCUAGCACGUGCUGCGCAAGAUCUCAAUGCUCAACCACAUCUUAGUCUUGAAAUUGUAAAGGUAUGCAUGCAGGUUAGUAGUACAGAAGUAGAGAUGAGAGGUUCGAUCUCAAAGUACCAUGACGAAGCUCUCAAGGACCUAUCUUUUAACGACGAGACGGAGAGUCACAGCAGUUUGUCACUGCGAUUUUCUGCUUUUCCAUGUGGCGUGAUGUCAUGGCUGGGUUUCACACAACUAGCGCAAUCAAGCGAAGGAGUGAAGAUAGACAUGGUUUAUGAGAUUGGGGAGUUGUUUGAGCUGGGAAUACAGCUGUCUUAUUUGCUCAUAUUAUUAGGUCUUCUUGGAGCUGGAACCUUCUUUGUCAUUCGUCAGGUUCUUGUUCGUCGAGAGCUUGAUCUUUCUGCUAAAGAAUUGCAGGAACAAGUACGGAGUGGCGAUGCGACUGCCACGGAGUGUUUUGAGCUUGGUGCUGUCAUGCUCAGGAGAAAAUUUUAUCCUGCUGCUACAAAAUAUUUAUUGCAAGCAAUCGAGAAAUGGGAUAGGGAUGACCAAGACCUAGCACAGGUGUACAAUGCGCUGGGAGUCAGCUAUGUCCGCGAUAAUAAGCUUGACAAAGGAAUAAUGAUGUUUGAGAAAGCAGUGAAGCUCCAACCCGGGUACGUUACGGCUUGGAACAAUCUCGGCGAUGCGUAUGAGAGGAAGAAAGACUUGAGAGCCGCGCUGAGGGCAUUCGAAGAGGUGCUCCUUUUCGACCCGAACAAUAAGGUGGCGAGGCCGCGGCGAGACGCCUUGAGAGAGCGCGUCCAGAUGUACAAGGGAGUUUCGAUCAAAUCUGAGGAUCGGUAGUAAACUACAGAUGUGCUAUGCCUUAUUUUUAAGCUUCCCCAGAGAAAAAAUAUUACCACUUUCAAAGGAGAACUGCUAUAGGCUGGGUUAGGCAUGAGGAAAAGGUAUACAUUUGAUUCAUUUUAGCAAGGAUUAAUUUCUAUUUUUUCAUUAUCCUAAUGAUGUCUUUUCCAUUUAAGAAAGUUUGAAGUUGAAAAGUUAAAUAUUAAAGAAAAGAGUUGUUUUUGUUCUUGAUA